AGUGCUUCUUCAGCGCAAACAGCAACCUUUUCUCUUCUGGUGACGGCCUGACCCUCUUCUCUCUCUCUCUCUCUCUCUCUCCCCCUCCCUUCCAUUCGGUCCAACAACAACGAAAUCACAGAUUUGUAAGUCAUAUAUUUCUCUCUGUAGAUAUAGAAGAACGAAGAGGAGGCAGAUAGAUUGAUUGAUAGACAGACAGGACAGGCACAAGUCUCUUUCUUUUUCUUCUUCUUCUUCUUCCUUUCUUUCAAGCUGGUAAGCGUGGGGAUGCAUGAUUGAGAAUUUGAGAUAUGAGUAAUCAGGCUGUCGCAGGUACUUCUCACACGGGGAAAGGCUCCAGCUUCCUUGACAAAAUCAAGAAUGCUACUUGCCUUAAAUCCUCAUCAGCGGAUUCUGGAAAAGGGAGAAGCAAGUCAUCAACUAACAAAGUGGCCCAUGGUUUCCACUUAGUUGAAGGUAAAUCCGGUCAUGAUAUGGAGGACUACCAUGUUGCUGAAUACAGAAGAAAAAAGAAUCAUGUGCUUGGAUUAUUUGCCAUCUUUGACGGCCAUCUGGGUGAUCGUGUCCCAAAUUAUUUGAGAGAUAACCUUUUCAACAAUAUACUUGAUGAGCCAACCUUCUGGAAGAACCCUGAGACGGCAAUAAGGAAUGCCUACAGCUCCACUGAUAAGUUUAUUUUGGAAAACUCCAUGCAAUUAGGGCCAGGUGGCUCAACUGCAGUAACUGCAAUAGUCAUUGAUGGCAAAGACUUAUGGGUGGCGAACAUUGGUGACUCAAGAGCUGUCGUGUGUGAAAGGGGCUCAGCUAAUCAAAUUACAGUAGACCAUGAGCCACAUAGUGAACGAAGAAGGAUUGAGAAGCAGGGUGGCUUUGUGAUUACUCUACCUGGAGAUGUACCUAGGGUUAAUGGUCAACUUGCAGUUGCACGUGCUUUUGGGGAUCAAAGCCUCAAAGCACAUUUAAGUUCAGAGCCUGAUGUACGACAUGUGCCCAUAGACUCAAACAUUGAGUUUGUUAUAUUGGCAAGUGAUGGAUUGUGGAAGGUUUUGACGAAUCAAGAGGCAGUUGGUUUGGUGAAAGACAUCAAAGAUCCUCAAGCAGCAGCUAAACGUUUGACAACUGAAGCAUUGGUAAGAAACAGUAAAGAUGAUAUAUCAUGCAUUGUGAUCCGUUUUGGAUGAUGCUGCUGAGAAAAAUUGCCUCCCCACUACAACAUCAGGACUUCUGUUGGUCUUGUACUAAAUUCUCAGCUGGUUGGUUAGAAAUAGGAGCACCAUUUAUAAUAUGUUAUGACUUAUGCCAUGGCUUUCUUUGAAGCGAUAAUCGUGUUACUGCUAGUAGAUAUAAAUUUGUCGUGCAUUUUUUAUGUUACCUGGGAAAGAGAUUUCCUCAUUAAUGCAUGGACCCUCAUCUUACACGUGUUCACGCACAGAAGUUUGCUUGGGUUUGAUGUAAUUAAAGGGUGCAAUUGAGGGGGGAAAAAGGGGAAGAGAGACAGAAGAAAAAGGUUGUGUAUAAAGUUGUGGACAUAAAUAAGAUGACAUGAAAACUUUUCUGUAAUACAUGUAGUAGUGUUUAUCAUCA